AUGAGCUUGGACGAUGAAAAAAACCGAGUUGAACCAGCGAAGAAUACCUCCUCUAAAUCUCCAGCGCCGAGUGGGAUUGUGGAGAUUCAGGGGUUGAAGAAGAGUAUGGAUGAGCAGUUCCAACUAAUGAGAGACCAAAUCAAUGGCGUGGAUAUUAGAUUGAAGUCCGUUGAAUCUUAUGUGAAAGAGGCAAUUCAAAGUGAAUGUCUUGGAGAAGAGAAGGAAGGAGAAGAACAAGCCCACUUUGCUCACAACAUUCGUCCGGCGUCAUCAACACGUCCCAAGUACUGGAUGUGCCGAUACCUGCUUGACCUCCAGCGAAACCCGUCGUCCAUAUACUCCGCCGGGGUGGAUGCAGAGGACGUGUAUGUGUGGACGUCGACCAUCACCGGUCCGCCGGGAACUCCCUACGAAGGGGGUGUCUUCUUUCUCCGCAUCAUCUUCCCUCCGGAUUUCCUCUGGAAGCCACCGAAGGUGCAUUUCCCGACCCCCAUCUUCCACCCCAAUGUGAGCCAUCGUGGCAACAUCUUCCAUCCGAUGCUCAUGCCUGAUAUGUGGUGCAUCGCGACAUCUGUGGCCCAGAUGCUGAUGAGUCUGGCCCAGAUUCUAUUGUAUCCGCUGGUGGCGGAAGGCGACGUCGUGAGGGAGGAGGUGGCAGUGAUGUACCGGGAAGACAGGGCAAGCUACGAGGAACUCGCACGUAGCUUCACCAAGAUCCACGCCAUGGAUGGUUAA